CCGCUCAGCGCCGCUCCUCCGCGCCCCGCCCUGCCCUGCCCUGCCCCUGCGCUCCGCUCCGCUCCGCUCCGCGCGGGCGGCCCUGCCGUGCACGGCGCCCCGAAGAUGGAGGACUAUGGGCGCUUCUUGGCGCUGCUGGUCUCGGCGCUGCUCGUCGGCUUCAUGUCCGUCAUCUUCGCCCUCGUCUGGGUCUUCCACUACCGCGGGGGGCUCAGCUGGGACGGGGGCGCGGGGGAGUUCAACUGGCACCCGGUCCUCCUCGUCACCGGCUUCGUCUUCAUCCAGGGCAUCGCCAUUAUUGUAUACAGAUUGCCCUGGACCUGGAAAUGCAGCAAACUCUUGAUGAAGUUCAUCCAUGCUGGGUUAAAUACCAUAGCUAUGAUUCUUGCAAUUGUUUCUAUGGUAGCCGCAUUUGAAUUCCACAAUGCCAGCAACAUUCCUAACAUGUACAGUCUGCACAGCUGGAUUGGGCUGACUGCUGUUAUACUUUAUUCUCUCCAGCUUCUCUUGGGUUUUGCUGUCUUUCUGCUCCCUUUUGCUCCAGUUCCGCUUCGAGCAGCUCUCAUGCCAAUACAUGUUUAUUCGGGCCUCCUCAUCUUUGCAACAGUGAUUGCAUCGUGUCUCAUGGGAAUCACAGAAAAGCUUUUAUUUUCACUGCAAAAUCCUGCAUACAGUGCAUCCCCACCAGAAGCAAUUUUUGUCAACUGUCUUGGUCUUUUGAUUGUAAUAUUUGGUGCACUCAUUCUGUGGAUGGCAAGCAGGCCCCACUGGAAACGCCCACCAGAAGAGAUCCCUAAAGUUCCCCGGCCCAAUGGAGGGACUCUCGAAGGCACAGAAGCAGAAUCCACAAUGACAGAUUGUAGUAAUGCAGAUAAAUCUGAUGUGGGCUUCAACAGUGAAGCAGCCAGAAAACGAAACCUCAAACUUGAUGAAGCAGGCCAACGAUCAACAAUGUAAAGAAAAUACACAGUAUAAUGGUACUAUUAUGUUGCGAAAAUAUACUCCUUCCGAUUCAGUUAUAUUGAUAGAGAAAUAGGUUGGGGUUUUAUUUUCAGUCAGGCUUGCUCAAAGGUAUUCAAGUUUUCUGCACAUGAGUUUAAAUUCCAGUAAGUCCCAAAUACAUUAUAUUGGUUCAUGCUUAAUCCUCAUUAAAUAAAUGAGAGCUGGAAUGAAAAACAUGCCAAGUUUAAAAAUGGAUCUAAUGGGAAAAUGUGUUCUACAUCACUUCCAAAUUUAAUGACUCUCUUAUAGUUAUGAAAAGUUACUGAGGCUAAUUCUUUUUCUGAACUAUCUUACAGGUAGGAGUGAGAGUUGUAAAUGUGUAUCAGAGAACAGAAUUUAGUGGUUAGCACAUAGCUUUUCUGAUAAUGUUCACUUUCUAAAAGGCUUGAUUUCUUAAGCUCAUGAACCCGCUCACUGGCUGCUAAAAUCUGUGGGAUUUGAGGUCACUCAGCACUUUGCAGAGUUGCACUGUAAAAAUUUCUGGCCUCAGAUUUUGAAUUCAGAUAAAGAAAUGAAACAGUAUGCCUGAAAUUUUCAUAAAAUGUCAUGUUGCUUUUAAAAACAUUUAAGUUUUUUAUCAGAUUUUAAAUGUUGACUUCUUUUUAACCAACUCUACCAAGUACGUUGUAUAAAGACAGCAUUUAGCGUUGGAUAUGGGUGAUGGUUACUGACAUCUAAGGAAAUGGUGAGAUAGCAAAGGCAGAAUUUGUCUUAUUUGGACAGCUAUAGAUACCCACUUAAAAAAUAUAUAUAUAUCACUUAAAUCAAGUCUUCCUUUGAUCCCAGAAGGCAGUAUUUACUAUCUUGAUUGUACAGUUUCUCUUGAUUUAUGGCAUUAGACUAGAAAUUAGGAAGUUGGAAACCAGAGUAGACUGGUGAGCAGUAUCACAGAAGAGAGGAGUUUGAAGUGAGAAACAUUUUCUCCCAAGAAAGAGUGGUGCUUUGCUGAUGUGACGAAAAUGUUACCAGCUAACUGAAAGCCAGUUUUGAUAUCUCCACACUGGUGUCACAGUCAUUUUUGUCACAGAGGUGAAGACAAACUUUAGUCUAUAAUCAAACCAUUUAAACUUUUCUUAUUUAAAAAUUAAGAUGUUAACUAAUGCUAUCUGAGUCUGUAGUGGCACUUUACUUUUAUAGCUCAUUUUAAUAACCAGAGUAUUAAUGUAUUACUCUUUUCACAAAUAUAAACAAUGCUUUUAUUUUUUACUACCAUUGAAGAAUAAUUAUAACAGAUUAUUUUGAUUGCACAUGUCCAAAGUGAUGAGCCUUUCUAUUAUGAUCUCUUAUAAAAGCUGCAGAGCCCACUAAAGUAAUCCUGAUAACUGCAAUAGCUGUUCCAAAUUUACCACUAAUCAUAUUGCAAAGAACUCUGCAUAGUGUUUCAGACAGCAUACCAUUUCCUACUUUUUUAAAGACUACAUUAAUUUUCAUUUAGUUCAGCUUUUUAAAACAUUCAAACACAUUAAACUUUGGCAAAUACGCAAUUUUUCUACUUCAGUAUUGAUGACUUUUUGAGAGAAAAUUGAAAGUGCUCUUUUUACAUGACAUUAGUGUUCAAUUGACAUGACUAUGAUAUUACACAUCCUACUAUAAAUUUAUAUAUUGCCUAUAUAAGUAGGAAGAGGAAGUCACUGUAGCUUCUAGAGAACACGUAACUGCUAUCUUGUUUUCCUGUGAUCUCUUUAUAUUCUGCUUAGACAACUCUAUGUUUUUUUAGUGGCAUCAGUAGGCAACUUAGAGCUGGUGGAUGCAAAUUUAGUGUUUGUGAGAGGUGCUCUGUUAACACUUCUGGAGUAUGAGUUCAUUUAUUCACUUCACAACAAGUGCAACACAGGCGACAACAUUUUAAGUGGGCAUGUAUUGCCCUGUUACUGUCUCACCAAUCUGUGAAAAUCAGUUCAUUCAAUCCUUGCAUGGCACUAAGUCAUCUAAUAAAAGCGUGUGUUUGUGUGCAAGGUAGUCACAUGUACAGGGAUUAUUCUGGAAGAAACUCUAACCAUACAAUAUACUGGAAAAAACACAAAAUCUGUGAUUUCUUUCCUACAUCAGCAAAUUGGAUGUAUUGAAAUGAACAACUUUUAGGUGAAUAGUUCUAUAUGCUGUUAAAGUUAAGCUAUAGUAAUAAUUAUGCCCAAGAGUACUACCCAAGAGUAGCGAUACUCCAAAAAAGAAUGGUGGCACUUCUGUCUCUAUUCUGAUGAUACAAAACUCAUUGCAAACCAAGGAUGAGCAACCUUUCAAGGAUAGUCUACCAGGCUGUAUUUUUCUUUUUCAAAUGUGAGGUUAAACAUGCUGGUAGAAACUCCCAGGGAGGUGGGAGAUUCCAUUCUGGGAAAUUAUGGUAUCACACAGAUAAUCAGUGAUAUCUGAUGCACAUGACAUAGGGGCUUCUAGGUCCUUUGGACUUUGGAAGGUCUCUCCAAGAUGCAGUAGCUCCAAGCUCCUAAACCUUUCUUGACCUUUGUGUGUGCAAUUUAAAAUAGGCUUGCAUGCUAUAGGCUUUUGGUUUCUGUUACAAACAGAUAAAAAAGAUCUUUGUAAGUAUUUUUAGUUCAAGAUAGUUCAAAUGCUAAAUAAAAUAAGAAGGACUUUGGAGUGUCAUCUUUUUAGAAAAAGCAGAUAAUCCUAAAUCUGUUUCUCAAAGUGGCCUUCCAUCAGUUUUUCUUCCAUAGAACUUGUGGUUAUGUGUAGGAGUAGCAACAUGGAAACUAAAAAAGUGUAUUUUCAAAUAUAUAAGUGGAAGUUAGAACUCUAGCUUUUUUUAUCAGCAUUUUUAUGGAUGUUUUGGAAUCUUCAACAUUGUUAUGUUUUUAGAGGGACAUGACUGUACAGCUUACAUUCCAAGUUUGGGUUUCUAUAAAAACAUAGGAAGUUACAAAACGUAAUAUAAAAAGUACUAUUUUUUAUAAGAUGUCUGAAAAAAGAAUUAUUGUUUAAUGUAUUUACAUGCUGUGCUGCAGUACUGGGCACAGAAGCAGAACCGUGUUUUGUUCCAGCAUUAAUGAACCUGAGAAACGAUGGUACGAACUAGAUUUUAAAAUUGAAUGUACAGUUAUUACAUGUACACUUCUUACUACAUGUAAUCAAGAAGAUUGCAUAUGAUAUUGUAAAUACGGAUUACUUGUGUACAUGGAAAUUUUAUUGAGAGACUGAAAGAUAUUGCCAAAUAUUUUCUAUUUCAGAAGACUCUUUCUUCUGUUUCCAUUUUGCAAAAUUCUUUCUUCUGUUUCUGCCUGUUCAUAAGGUCUUAAAAAAUUAUUCUAUUGUUUUGUUACUUGCAAUACAUAUUUCUAGAUGAAAACAAACGUUUAAUUACAAUGUCUAUUUUCCUUAUUCUUUUUUGUAUGUUAAUAAAAAUGAUUUUUCAAGCUUAUGAUA